AUGGUCAAUGGUGCAGGACAACAGCGCCCACUGUCCGAGCUUAGCCCCGUAGCUCAAAGACGAAACUCUCCGGUCUGGAACCAAAACACGAAAAAGAUGGCCCAUGGCAACUCCUCGCCUUUGGAAGUCUCUUCUUCUUUCAACGCGUCAGCUUCUCCGCGUCUUUUCUGGAAGGGGCGUGAGUCUGCUUCUCCUUUCAGCCAAGGUUCAGAAAACCGUGCCCCUUACGACCCGGAGGCGUCAUUUUCAGGAUCAAAACGCCCAUCUGUCGAGAACCUGAAGAAGUUCUCCAGAGUGAGGAACAGCCGCAUCUUCGCCCACGAGCAAAACAAUGAGUACGAUCCUGCCCAUAUCCAUGCUCCCCAGCGGCCCUUGGUCGCCAGGGGACUAUCUCAACGGAAGAGUCAAGAUAGCGCAGGUCGCGAUUCCCAGCCAGCUCCCAAGGAUCAGAAAUUGGAAUCCCGAGAAACUAGUGAACAGCCAGAAAAUGGAAAUCCAGCCAGGCCUGCCUCACCAAGCAAAGAUCAGACAUCUCCUGCCAAGUCAUCCUUGUCAAAGGGCAGCCGUUUUGGCCCGAAGGGGGCUGCUAUGAACCCGAGCAAUGAGAUCUGGCUCGACGGCAAUCGACAGUUUAAGAGUGUCACGUUCGACGCUGCUCCUCCGCAAAUUAAUGAAUACGAAAUGACGACUCCAGACCCAUCAACCAUUGCAUCGGAUUCCCAUGAGGGGAGCGAAGACUCUGAAGAAGACGAAGGUAAUAUCAGUUUCGAUCACGACUCCUCUAUUGACCGUGACGACAGCUUUGACGCCUCGCUGGAAGACAUCGAAAAAACUCCCGUGGUUCUCCCCGAGGAUUGGCGAUUCGUGAGUCCAGGCAAUGCUAAUGACGACCUUGUAAACGAGGAUGAGGAUCCCUUCACUGAGCAUGUGGAGAAGCGCACUCUGGACGACGUUCAAGACUCCCAUAUUGACUCGCAGGAUUCCAAUGCGGAGCGUCGUCCACUCCCACCUCUCCCCUCAACUCGGAUGGCCUCUCCUCGUCCAUCUUCGGCAGGCAGGCUAUCACGCGCAUUUGAUUUGGACAAUAACAAGAGGAUCUUACCUUCUCCCCCCGCGUCAGCGUCCUUUGGUCAGUCGGAGAGCAGCGAAAGAGAACUGGAGCAAGCGUCCAUGUCUUUAGAGGAUAAGCUGCGUCUGAUGAUGCUGGGAGAAACUGGUCACAAAAAUGAGCAGGCGGGUCAUGAGGAGCAGCAUGACGAACAGGUAUCUCGAGAGGAGAGUAGCGCUGAAGGAGAACGGAAGGAGACCCUCCGGAUGGAAGACUCACGCGAGCACGAGGAUGUAGAUUUCAUCGCGUUGGAUGGCCUGUCUUCACCACGGAUCUCCAGAGAGUCAAUCUUGCGUGAUAUUCGGAAAAGUGAUAGCUACUUGGAUGACUCGUACGAAUGCUCGUCGCAGAUAGAGUCCAGCUCUAUCCAGUACGGACAGUAUGACCCAGAUUUCCCGAUCCAGUCUCUCGAGAAUCAGGCCGACAACACAGAAAAUAGCGUGAACAUUAAAGAAGAAGAACAAGAUGAUGAUAUCUACGCGAUUCCCGAUUAUUACGAACAUGAUCAUGACGAAAACCCCCUACCAGAUAAUGAGCACCACGUACCUGAUGAUGAUGAUGAGAGUCGGUACUCACGACUGUCAACAGAGGAAACUCACGAAGAAAGCGUGCAUUCCAAAGGUUCUGAUGAUAGCCAAGUCACUGCCAUUGCUGCAGAACAGACUGAGCAGGCUGAUGAUGACGAAUCUACUAAUAAGGACCAAGAAGAACCCCGUGGGGAAGAGACUGCAGCUCCAGAUGGCGCUGCUGAUCAAGAGAUCCCUGAGCGUCCUGAGACGCCUCAAGGCAAAGAGUAUCACCUGUCCGAUGAAGAGCCUUCAACCCCAGGAUCUGUUAUUCACCAUUCCGUUGAUUAUGACAACCAUACAGAUGAAAGCGUCCCCGAUCCUGUCGCCACCGUGAAGGCCCCUGGGGGUAAACUGAAAACACGCCCAUCACUGACACCAGCUGACGUAGAAUCUAUGGCUGCUACCCGUCGGAGAAUCAGCGGCCAGCAACCUCCAAUGCCGGCCUUGAGCAAGCAGGUAUCUAAUGAAUCUCAGAAAUCGGCCGCAGAUGAUUCAGAACCUGAAACCAAGGAGGCCCUACAAGAGGCACCGCGACUGCCCCCUCCCAGCCGAAAGGAGUCCCAGCGGCAGAGUAGUUUGGUUAAGCUGGAUAUCCCAUUCAGCAUUCAGGAAGAAAGCCUUGGCUUCGGACUUGACAAGGAAUUCGAUCGCGUCAUGGAGACCCAAAAGGUGGCGUUUGAAAAAGCCCUUUCCCAGUCCCGGUUCCCACUCUUUUACACCCACGCUGCUACCCAUUCCCAGGAGGCCGUGACCUCGCAAGAUGCAAAUACCAGUAAUUCUGGACUACCCACUGACACCUAUGCUUCCAAACAGAGAGGUUAUCUGAUGAGACACAACACAAAAGUCAUUGUCGCCAGCAGCAGCAACGUGGAUGACGAACCCGUUUCGUCUGGUAAUGGGACGACAUCUGAACCACGUAGUACAAGGUCUGCAGGCUCCUCUCCCCGGAAGGCGAGCCAGCAAACCUGGACAACCGUGCCCUGGAAUAGCCAACCGCGGCGUGCAAGCAUCAAAAUGGCUGGCGGUAUUCCCAAAAAGAAACCAGUUCCAGGUCCAGUGCCUCCCUUGCCAGGACACGCAAGUAAUGUACAAGAUGUACUCACCGGUGCAGAGGAAUCCGAACCCCCUUUCAAUGAAGUUUUUGAGGAAGGGGAAGAGAGAGGGCGCCUAUUUGUUAAGGUUGUAGGUAUAAAAUACCUGGACCUGCCGCUCCCUAAAGGCGAGCGAUCUUAUUUCUCAUUGACGUUGGAUAAUGGUCUCCACUGUGUUACUACAUCUUGGCUAGAGCUUGGAAAAUCCGCCCCGAUUGGACAGGAAUUCGAGCUCAUUGUCCAAAAUGACCUUGAAUUUCAACUGACGCUCCAGAUGAAGGUCGACGAAUCCAAGUUCAAUACGCCGGAGGUUGUCACUGCGUCCCCCACCCGGCAGAAACCAUCCACGUUCAGUCGGGUGUUCGCUAGCCCACGAAAACGUAAGGAGAUGGACUUGAAGCAGCAGCUCAUGAUGCAGCAGCAAAAGAGCAACAAUGCCAAUCCCGGAGCAUGGGACAAACUCAGGACAUUGAUAGCUCGUGACGGUAGUUUUGCCCGAUCAUACGUUGCGCUGAGUGAUCAUGAGAAGCAGGCCUUUGGCCGCCCAUACACUGUCGAUGUUUCUUGUUUCAAUGAAUGGGCCAUCGAUGACCAGCCAAGCAGUGUCAAGAGCAAGAAGAGCACUGCCAGCAACUGCUCGCAACGACGACCUCCUUAUAAGAUUGGAAAGCUGGAGCUGCAGCUUCUUUUUGUUCCGAAGCCGAAAGGUGCCAAGGAUGAAGACAUGCCAAAGAGCAUGAACGCUUGUGUUCGGGAGAUGCGUGAAGCAGAAAGCGUCGCAUCCCGAAGCUUUGAAGGUUUCCUGUCUCAGCAAGGCGGUGAUUGCCCAUAUUGGCGCCGGCGUUUCUUCAAACUGCAAGGUUCUAAGUUAACUGCUUACCAUGAAACCACUCGUCAACCUCGUGCCACCAUCAACCUCGCCAAGGCUGCGAAGUUGAUUGACGACAGGUCUAUCCUGACUCAAAGGGAAACGACAACAAAGGGUGGUGGCCGGCGAAAAUCAGCCUUCGCAGAAGAAGAAGAAGGGUAUAUGUUCGUCGAAGAAGGCUUCCGCAUCCGUUUCGGUAAUGGUGAGGUUAUCGACUUUUACGCGGACAGCGCAGCGGACAAGGAAAAAUGGUUAGACGUGCUUGCCGACGCCGUUGGAAAAGGGCCCACCCCUGGAAAUGGGCAGGCCAGGGCAUGGACUGAACUAGUCCUUAAGUACGAACGGCAACAGAAAAUGAAAAGAGAAGCCGACCGGCUCCUUGGCAAUAGCGCAGGAACGGCUCCCCAGUCCACUUCUAGGAAGGAGGCAUCUCCUCUUCUGACUUCUUCCGCAUAUUCGAGAUCGUCAAUGCAGCUGCCGCCGUCUGCGUCUCCAUCUAAUUUGCCGCGGCCCAGUCACAAACAUGCACAUUCUCAGCCAGAAGCCCGGAGUGCCGAAGCUCGCAGGCAGAAGACACGUUCCUUGAUGUUUUGAUUCACCAACCAUCGCUACAGGCGGCGUCAUUUGUUACAGGACCUUUGUUUUGUUUUCCCAGCUGGCUUCUAUGGCUGGUGCUGAAUCGUAAUCUCGUCGCUUUUCUUUCUUUGCGUAUGUCACCCUCUCAUUUUGUUCCUGUUCCCUAUUUCAUUGAUGAGACCUCUUUUCUUUUCUUUUCUUUUCUUUUUUUUUUGUUUUUUGAGUGUUUGAUGUUCCUUAACGUUUUGUGUAGCUGAUUUCCGCUUUCUCGUCUCUCCUUCCAUCUAGCCUGGGCAUUAUUGGAAUUAGAAGAAAAUGAAGCAAUCUCCUAAUGCCAAACGAAGGGUCAUGUCCUUUUUUCUUUGUUUUUCUUUUGUGUUUCUUGUGUCUUCCGCGAUGCUCCAUCAUCUCGGGUUUUAUGUUUUUUACUUUAUUAUUCCCUUAUGGGGGAUUAAUUGAAAGUUCAUCACCUAAGUCUUUGUAUUAACUAACUAUUCUUUCUCUAUUACUCAGUUCCACAAAUAACUAACUAGUUAUAUUUUUGC